AUGAAAUUCACUACUGUAUUAGCACUUGCUUCAGCCGUUUCAGCUUUACGCUUGGACCAAAUUAGAUUAAGCAAUGAAGAUGAAUUGAUUAUCCAAGAUACUCAAUACAAUCAACCAAUUGUUGUCAAUUUUCAAGCGGUAAAUGAACAAGAAGAUGUUGAUGCAGAGGAUAAGAAGGAUAAGAAGACCACUUCCACUACCACUUCUUCUUCUUCUUCUUCUUCUUCUGUUACCACUACCUCAAAGUCAUCUCAUUCUACUUCAACUACUCACUAUGUAUCAUUAUCUACCUCGAAAACUACUUACACCACAACAAAGAAACACUCAACCUCUACUGCUACAAAGACAUCAACCUAUUCAAUUACUAAGACCGGUGGUGCUGAUGCAGUUGUCGCUGCUAAUGUUGGUGGUCCAUUGUUGUUUGCUUUAGGUUUAUUAUUGUAG